CGGCGCACGCUGUUCUCGGAGGGGACGAGGUCGCCGUCGGAGUCCGCAGCGAUGUCGUCCUGGCUGGGGGGCCUCGGCUCCGGCUUGGGCCACUCUCUGGGUCAAGUCGGGGGCAGCCUGGCCUCCCUCACCGGCCAGAUUUCAAACUUUACCAAGGACAUGUUGAUGGAGGGCGCCGAGGAGGUGGAAGCAGAUUUGCCUAAUUCUGGGAGAAAGGAAAUUGAAGCUAUUCAUGCAAUCUUAAGAUCAGAGAAUGAAAGACUUAAAAAACUUUGCACUGAUCUAGAAGAAAAGCAUGAAGCAUCAGAACUGCAAAUAAAGCAGCAAUCUACAAGUUAUCGAAAUCAGCUACAUCAGAAAGAGGUGGAAAUCGGCCAUCUUAAAGCCAGGCAGACGGCACUGCAGGAGCAGUUGCUGAAGCUACAGUCAGCUGCCCAGUCAGCGUGCUCAGGACCCACUAGCGUGCCCACAACCACUUCGUCCUCUUCACUCGGUUACGGGAUUAGUCAUCAUGCUUCAGCUUUCCAUGAAGAUGACAUGGACUUUGGAGACAUCAUUUCAUCCCAACGAGAAAUAAACCGACUAUCAAAUGAAGUUUCAAGACUUGAAUCUGAAGUUGGUCAUUGGAGGCAUAUUGCUCAGGCACAAGGAACAGACUCUGAUCAAACUGAAAUCUGCAAACUGCAAAAUAUUAUUAAGGAACUUAAACAGAACCGAAGUCAGGAGAUUGAUGACCAUCAACACGAAAUGUCAGUAUUACAGAAUGCACAUCAGCAGAAAUUGACAGAGAUUAGUCGUCGGCAUCGAGAGGAACUAAGUGACUAUGAAGAACGAAUUGAAGAGCUUGAAAAUUUGUUACAGCAAGGUGGUGCAGGGGCUACAGUAACUGAUCACUCUACAAUUCAUGAGAUGCAGAAAACUAUACAGAGUCUACAGACUGAAAAAGUAGAAUCUACCAAGAAAAUUGAAGAACUGGAGGAUCAAAUAAAAGACAUAAGUAAAAAAUUGUCUUCUGCAGAAGAUGACAGAGAUGUCUUAAAGAGAGAACACGAACAGCUAAAUGUGGAAAAGAGACAACUUCUUGAGCAGUGUGAGAGCUUGAAACUGGACUGUAACAAAUUGCAGGCUUCUGCUGUGAGUAAUGCUGUGACAGAAGAGGAGCAAGUCACUUCACACAGUUCCUCAGUAGAAGUGCUCAGAUUACAGCAAGCUCUGACUGAUGCUGAAAAUGAAAUAAUGAGACUAAGUAGUUUAAACCAGGAUAACAGUCUUGCUGAAGAUAAUCUGAAACUUAAAAUGCAGGUCCAAGUUUUAGAAAAUGAAAAGUCACUGUUGAGUCAAGAAAAGGAAGAACUUCAAAUCUCACUUUCAAAUUUGAGCAAUGAUUAUGACAUGAUUAAAAGGACAACUGAGGGAGAUGUGAAUUUGGAUUCAGAAUUACGUGAAUUAAGACUCAACUUGGAAGCAAAGGAACAAGAACUGAAUCAGAGUAUGAAUGAAAAAGAUAUGCUGGUAGCUGAGUUAGAAGAAUUGGACAGACAGAACCAAGAAGCUACAAAGCAUGUGAUUUUGAUAAAAGAUCAGCUGUCAAAACAACAAAGGGAAGGAGACAGUGUCAUCCAGAAGCUGAAAGAAGACCUAGAUGAUGAGAAAAAGAGAGUCUGUCAACUCGAGGAUGAUAAAAUGAACAUUUCCAGAGAGUUAGACCUGCACAAAGAAAAGUUAGCUCACAGUGAUGCGGUCUUAAAUGAUUUACAUGUAACCAAGCAAAAGCUUGAAGAUAAAAUAGAAGAUUUAACAGAUCAGCUAAAUGAAUCACAGAAAAAUAAUUCCACUAUCCAGAAGGAGAAUUUUGAACUGAAGGAACACCUGAGACAAAAUGAAGAGGAGUUGUCCAGAGUCCGGAGUGAGUUAAUGCAGUCUGUCACUCAAGAAUCUGGUAGUAAUUUGAUGGAUGACUUGCUUCAAGAAAGAGAUACUGAAAUUAGAUGCCUAAAGCAAAAUCUUUCAGAAAUAGAACAACUCAAUGAAAAUUUGAAGAAAGUUAUUGUUAACCUCAAAGUGGAAAAUCAAAAGUUGGUUGCAGCAUGUGAGGAUGUGAGACAUCAGUUGGAAGAAUCUCUUGCAGGUAACAAUCAAAUUUCUCUGGAAAAAGCCACCUUGGUGGAGAAUAUGAAGAGAGAAAAAGAACUUGUCGAAGCAGAAUUGUGUCAGGCUGAAGAGAGGCUGCUGGAGGAAGCCAGCAAGCACAAGCAGGCUGUGGAGGAGCUGGCAAAUGCCCGGAGCUUCAACACCUCCACCUUACAGCUGGAGCGUGAGCGGUUAAGUAAAUUCAGUCAAGAAAAAGACUUUGAGAUAGCAGGACUCAAGAAGAAUAUUGAGGAAAUGGAUAUCGAUCAUAAAAAAACUAAGGAAAUUUUGUCAUCUAGUUUAGAAGAGCAGAAACGAUUGACACAACUUAUAAAUGAGAAAGAAAAUUUUAUUGAAAAACUUAAAGAAAAAAGUUCAGAGCUGCAGGCGGAAUUAGAUCAGUGUGCUCAGGCCUUAGUCACAACGGAGGCAUUAAGGAAGACCGUGGAGGAAAGGGACAGGAGUCUGGGGUCCAUGAAGGAAGAGAACAACCACCUGCAGGAAGAGCUGGAGCGGCUCCGGGAGCAGCAGAGCAGAGCCGGGCCUGCGGCUGAGCCGAAACCCCUGGAUGGCAUCUCCGAGCUGGAAGCCGAGGUGUCACGGCUGCACAUCAUCAAAGACCAUCUGGAAGAGGAGAUUAAACAGCAUCAAAAGACAAUUGAAGACCAAAGCCAGAGGCAGGUUCAGCUGCUUCAGUCUUUGCGGGAGAAGAAGAAAGAAAUGGAUGAGUUCAGAUGUCAGCAUGAACAAAUGAGCAUCACACAUACCCAGCUCUUUUUAGAAAAAGAUGAGGAAAUUAAGAAUUUACAAAAAACAGUUGAACAAAUAAAAGCCCAGUUGCAUGAAGGAAGACAGACCAUUCAAACAGAAAGUUCUGAUAUUUUUCAAGAAACAAAAGUUCAGAGCCUUCACAUAGAAAAUGGAAGUGAGAAGCAUGAUUUAUCUAAAGCUGAAACCGAAAGGUUAAUGAAAGGAAUAAAAGAACGAGAGCUGGAGAUUAAACUUCUCAAUGAAAAGAAUAUAUCUUUAACUAACCAAAUUGAUAAGCUAUCCAAAGAUGACAUUGGUAAGCUCACUCAGAUUAUCCAACAGAAAGACCUGGAGAUCCAAGCUCUCCAUGCUACCAUUUCUUCAGCUUCCUGCUCUCAGGAUGUCGCUUGCCUUCAACAGGCCUAUGCUAGGGAAAGAGACAGUGUAAUGGCUAUUUUGGAUGAGAAAGCAAGGGAAAAUAGCAAGCUGAAAACAGAGUAUUACAAAGUAUUGGAUAUAAUUGCUGCUAAAGAAGCAGCCCUCAUUAAGCUACAGGAUGAGAAUAAAAAAUUGUCCACUAGAUUUGAAAGUAGUAGCCAAGAUAUGUUUAGGGAAACUAUUCAGAAUUUAUCACGCAUCAUUCGAGAAAAGGACAUUGAAAUAGAUGGACUAAGUCAGAAAUGUCAGACUCUACUGGCAGUUUUACAGACUUCUGGCACUGGUAGUGAGGUUGGGGGUGUUAAUAGUAACCAGUUUGAGGAGCUCCUACAGGAACGAGAUAAAUUAAAACAGCAAGUAAAGAAAAUGGAAGAGUGGAAACAGCAGGUGAUGACCACUGUCCAAAAUAUGCAGCAUGAGUCCGCCCAGCUUCAGGAAGAACUUCAUCAACUUCAGGUUCAAGUUCUGGUGGACAGUGAUAAUAAUUCUAAAUUACAAGUAGACUAUGCUGGCCUGAUCCAAAGUUAUGAGCAGAAUGAAACCAAACUCAAAAACUUUGGGCAAGAAUUAGCACAAGUUCAGCACAGCAUAGGGCAGCUUUACAAUACCAAGGACCUGCUUUUAGGAAAACUAGAUAUUAUGUCACCCCAGUUGUCUUCUAGCUCCUCCCUCACCUCCCAGUCCACAGAAUCCCGCAGAGCAAGUCCGUCUGAGGGAUCACAGGAGUCUUCUCAAUUGCUUCAACAAGAGGUAGAUGACCUAAGAAAAUCACUGCAGGAAAAAGAUGCAACUAUUAGAACGCUUCAGGAAAAUAACCACAGGUUGUCAGAUUCCAUUGCUGCUUCCUCAGAGAUAGAAAGAAAAGAACACAAACAAACAGAUUCAGAAAUUAAGCAGCUAAAGGAGAAGCAAGAGGUUUUACAAAACUUACUUAAGGAAAAAGACCUCUUAAUCAAAGCCAAAAGUGACCAGCUACAUUCUUCAAAUGAAAAUUUUACUAACAAAGUGAAUGAAAAUGAACUUUUGAGACAGGCAGUAACAAACCUGAAAGAGAGAAUAUUAAUUUUAGAAAUGGACAUUUCUAAACUAAAGGGGGAAAAUGAAAAAAUAAUAGAAACUUCCAGGGGAAAGGAAACAGAGUAUCAAGCAUUACAAGAGACUAACAUGAAGUUUUCUAUGAUGCUUCGAGAAAAAGAGUAUGAAUUACAUACAAUGAAAGAGAAGGCUCUUACCUUUGAGCAACUAUUAAAGGAAAAAGAGCAGGGCAAGACAGGGGAGUUAAAUCAACUUUUAAAUGCAGUUAAAUCAAUGCAGGAGAAGACAGCUGAAACACAACAGGAGAGAGACCAAGUUGUGUUUGCCCUGAAGCAGAAGCAAAUGGAAAACAGUUCCUUACAGAAUGAGGUUCAACACCUACGCGACAAAGAAUCACGGUUAAACCAGGAGCUAGAGAGAUUGCGUAACCACCUUUUAGAAUCAGAAGCUUCUCAUACCCGAGAAAUUUUGGCUCUAGAAGAUAGAGAGGCUAGCCUGAGGAAGAAGGUUGCAGUGCUGGAGGAGAAGCUGCUUUCGUCCUCCAAUGCGAUGGAAAACGCAAGUCAUCAAGCCAGUGUGCAGGUAGAAUCACUGCAAGACCAAUUGAACAUGGUCUCCAAGCAGAGAGAUGAAAUCGCACUACAGCUUUCUGUUUCUCAGGAGCAAGUAAAGCAGUACACACUGUCACUAGCCAACCUGCAGAUGGUUCUAGAGCACUUCCAACAAGAGGAAAAAGCUAUGUAUUCUGCUGAAUUAGAAAAGCAAAAGCAGCUUAUUGCUGAAUGGAAGAAAAAGGCAGAAAAUCUGGAAGGAAAAGUAUUAUCAUUGCAGGAAGGCUUGGAUGAAGCAAAUGCUGCAUUGGAUUCAGCAUCAAGACUUACAGAACAGUUGGACCUAAAAGAAGAACAGAUUGAAGAACUGAAAAAGCAAAAUGAGCUCCGGCAAGAAAUGCUGGAUGAUGCACAGAAGAAAUUGAUGAACUUGGUAAACAGCACUGAGGGAAAAGUGGACAAAGUCCUCAUGAGAAACCUCUUCAUUGGUCAUUUCCACACACCAAAGAAUCAGCGCCAUGAAGUGUUACGACUAAUGGGAAGCAUCCUAGGUGUUAGAAGGGAGGAAAUGGAACAGUUGUUUAAUGAAGAUCAAGGAGGUGUUACUAGGUGGAUGACCGGGUGGUUUGGAGGAGGAUCAAAAAGUGUACCCAGCACACCUUUGAGACCAAGUCAGCAAUCUGUGUUUAAUAGUUCUUUUUCAGAACUUUUUGUUAAAUUUCUUGAAACAGAAUCUCAUCCUUCUGUCCCACCACCAAAGCUGUCUGUUCAGGACAUGAGACCUCUUGAUUCACCAGCAAGAAGAAAACUAGAUACAAGCACAGCAGAAGCUUUUAAAGAGUCAGCAGAAUCCAGGGCUGGUAGAAGAACAGAUGUGAAUCCAUUCCUGGCUCCCCGCUCCGCAGCUGUGCCUCUCAUUAACCCAGCUGGACUUGGACCUGGUGGGCCAGGGCAUCUUCUCUUAAAACCCAUCUCAGAUGUUCUGCCCACCUUUACACCUUUGCCAGUGUCAUCUGACAACAGUGCUGGUGUUGUGCUAAAAGACCUGCUAAAGCAGUAGGUGGUUCUCAAACUGGGGGCUGUAUCGCACCUUAAAGCAGCCGUGAACACUAUCAUGUAUGUACUUUACCACAAAGUGGCCUUUUGGAGGAAGUCAUGCAUUUGUUUGUAGUUGUCACCUCUCUAAAAUUAAUAAAAAUAUUCUUAAUGCUUUUGGAAAUUGCAGGUGUCAAAAAGCAAGUAUCUACUACAAAAUCUGUUGUUUUUCCUUUUUUGAUUUGACCUAUGCUGUAAAGAUUUUAGUUUACAAAAAUUUAGUUUACAAAAAUUUUAAGGAGGGGGAAAAACAAAAAUGCUACUGUGGAGAUAAAUAUAUUCAUUCAUUCAUUUAGCCUUUUAUUUCCUUAUCUGAUUUUCAAACUUUUUUAGAGCUAGAGACACAUGAUUUAUCUUUUAAAGAUAAGGAAUUUAUUUUAAAAAAUGGUUUCUCUGCAUAGAGCAAAAAAAUGAGUCUGAAGUAAUGAUCUUUAGAGGAUUCUGUAUAUAGGCUGAGAAACAAGGCUGUCCUUGGGAGGUCCCAAGUGCCCUGAGACAAAAUGUAUUUGAUUCUAUGCAAUUUUAUCAUAUGUGUCAAUUCAUUUGACUACCAACUGCCACAGUUGAGAUAUGUCUCUCCCAUCAUAAGGAUCCCUUGGUCUAUCCUUUGCUAACCACAACCACUCCUGCUUCCUCCCGCCUUAAUCCUCAGCAACCACUAACUGUUGCCCUCUGUAAUUUUAUUUCAGAAGUGCUGUGUAUAUUGAACCAUAUGUUAUAUCCCUUCUUGAGAUGGGUAUUUUUCUACUUAGCAUAAUUACCUUGAGAUCCAUUCAGGUUGUUGGAUGGAUUAGUAGCUUGUAUUGAGGUAGGGUCUCACUCUAGCUUAGGCUGACCUGAAAUUCCCUAUGUAGUCUCAAGGUGGCCUUGAACUCACGGCGAUCCUCCUACCUCUGCCUCCUGAGUGCUGGGAUUAAAGGCGUGCGUCACCACGCCCAGCUAGUUUAUUCCUUCUUAUUGUUCACUACAUGAUAUGGUCCUACUGUUCAAUUUUAGGAUCUGUCUGCUUGCAGGUAGCAUGGAAGACUAAAGGUUCCUUACACACAACUUUCAUGUAAGUGUUCGAUAUGCAGCUGCAUCCACACAGCCGUAAUCAGCAAUAUCAUUCAACUUGCCACCUCCUGCCUCUGUCUGAAGUGGUGUGCUCCAGGGGCAGCCGUCCUGAGUGUCCAUCCCCAUCACAGGGGCCAUUCAGUGAGCGCUCUUCAAUAGCACCGGCACCAGGUGUUUGCCACUUUAGAGGGUAUUUCUUUACUUUUUUACAAACUCAUCAUAGGAAAAUCCUGACCUGAAGCUUAAUUGUAUUGGGAUGUUCAUAUAUGUAUCAGGUGUUGAAAUUGUACAUUUAAGAGACAAUUAUUGCAGAUUUUGUAAAUUAAAUAAGUCUUUAAAACAGAAACAUUUGUAUAGUGAGGAAAGGUGAAAAUGAGACUGACCCAAAAAUGUAAAUAGGCCUGGCUCUGGCCACAGCUAAAUUUGGUUCUUUGUAAAUUUACCUGUAAUGAAUUGAAUAUUUCUAAUGUAUUUAAAAGUCUAUAAGCUUUGAUGAUGUGUUGAUGUUUAAAAUGAUUUUUUUUCUGAAAAAUUAAGCAAUUGAGAUAAAGAGACAGAUGACAUUGUGAAGCAGCAUUAAGUAACUUGUUUGGACUGCCUGUCUAUAGUAUGUUUUUGAAAGGAUGUCAUAAAAGUUCAUAUUAGAGAUGUUCAACUUCCUCCUGUCAGUUUUGCCCUUCAUUAUUUGUCUACAACGGUACAGAUGGUUCUCAGCUUAUGGCCCAAUAAAUACAUAUGAAUUGGAAGCAUCUAGAAUUGAAAAUGCAUUUGCUACCCCUAUCCUCCCAGCUGACCUAGCAGCUUGGCAGCUGAAGCAGACUGACUGUUGCUCCCGAGUUGGGAUCUUGUGGUUCACUGGGAGCUACCGCUCAGCACUGCCGCGUGGUGCAUCCUGCUGGCUCUGGGAAAGUGUGCUUCUGAGUCUGAGUGCGGUGUCUCCCCAGCGUGCCUUGGGCUGCCGUCACCGUGAGGCUGAAGCAUUGUAAGUCAGAACGUCAUGAGUUGAGGAUCAUCUGUAUUACUGUAGGUUUUCAUAUGCACCAUAAAAAAGAUAUUCUCAGUGACUCUCCUAAAUUAUUUGCUGCUUGCCAUUGAAGAUUAAAUGUGGAGAAACUGAAACAUUUGUUUUUAAGGUAACAAAGACUCAUGGGCCUCCAUUUUGAAGGAAUGGAAGCUGUCAAAUGUCUUAAUUUGAAGUCGGGAGGUGCAUAGUGGAUACUUCAGCUCAUUAUGUUUUAUAUUUGAAAUAUAUUGAAAGAUUUAAAGUAUUUCCUCCCUUGACCAAAGCAGCUUCCUUACCUCUUUGCUUAACCGAAGUUUAAAAGCUGACCUGGGUAGAUCGCACACCUAAGCAUCCAGAACACGGUAUUACAUGGCUGCUAUUGAAGUGUGUGACCUUGUCUGAAAGCUCUAGUACCUAAUGUUUCUAUUGUGUGCUUAAGUGUUCGUUGAUGUAAACCAGGAAUAACUCAUCGACUUUUCUGAAACUAAGUUGUGUCUGAGAUGAACCAUCUGCUCAAGGAAGUGUCUUAGGGAAGAGAAGUGAAGCGUAUAAUUUCAGUGGCAGCCAUAGGACACUCUGAACGGUACACUUACUGCAGUGUUUUAACUACAGUAAGUUUGCUGUUUAUAUCUCUGUGAAAUUAGUAGAAUUUGUGGUUGCAUUUUGCCUUAGCUGCUAUGGUUUUUCACAACAUUCCUAAUGGUUUUCAACUGCAGUUAAAUGUACUAUAAUAGAAAAUUUACCCUGCCAUUGAAGUUGAUUUCAGUAUAAUACAGUAUCAUGUGGUUUUGUGAAUUUUAGUUCUUAACAUUCUUUUUUUUUUUAAGGGAGAAAAACCAAAACACUAGGCAAAAAGGAAUGGCUUUCUUGCAACUAGUCAGUUAAAACAGCAACUCUCACCACAAGUAAAGCCUCUAGUUUCUUUUGACCUCCUAAUGGUUAACUUCAAAGGGCAGAAAGACUUCAGACUACUUACUAGUCAGUAGGGGAAGAGUGUGGGAAGAAGGCUUAAGCCACGUUUGCAGGGACAGAGGAUUACUGUUAGAAAGGGCCAUUAUGUGCUAAACUUCAAAUUAUUGGAAUUUGAUUUUUUUUUUUUACUAAAUGAAAAUUUUCAUAUCUCAAAGUAUUUAAAACAUCUUCCAUCCACAGAAUUUGUCUUUAAUUUUGUAAAUAUCAAGUUAGAUAAUAUUUAUUUUGUAUAUUUCUAUGGGAAAAUGAUGAUUUUAAUGUUCUGACACCUGUGAUUAUCUGUCAGUCUUUACAUUUUAACUUAUGGUUUUAUUAUUUAAAGUUGAUAUUUUUUUGAUUUCUAAACAAACAAAUGAGAAAAUUCUGACCCAAUCUUAAGAUUCAGUUGUAUUUUAUAGAGCUAAAGUCCAUGCAUUUUAAAAACAUUUCUCAGGAGCACUACAAGGCAAAAAAAAAAAAAAAUACUCUAAAUAAAAAUGAUAUAUGUAAGUUGGACAUGUCUUCACAAUAAAAAAUUUUCAGCAAACAGCUGCUGACCAUUUCUUUAGAAGGAGGAAUGCCUUACACAUGUUGUUUGUCACAGCAGUUGAUGAACUACUGAAGCUGAUGUGUUCAAGUGCCCGCUGGGUAUGAGCUGUUAGGAUCCAGUUUGAGCCUUGGGAGUUUAAGAACAAACUUAAGAUUCUCAAGAAUGUGCAUGAGGCGAGAGUUUAGCCGACCGGCCUUCUUCAGCUUGCCCGCUUUUCCCAUCAGAGAAGUAGCAUGCUUCCUUGGUCUCUUGGUCUUUCUCCACGAUAGUCAGUAUAUCUUCAUUUUUUCAUAGUUGUAGAAUUUGACUAUUUUCAGGUCUUUAUGUGGUGGCAGCAUUGGAAUAAACAUGGGUUUUAAGCUUGACAGCUGAAUUGAAGUCAUGGUUUUGACCCCUUAUAGGUAAAUGUUAAUAAAGUUACUUUGACUGUG